CGAUUUCACAAACCACUAAUUAGCAUAUCUAAACAGUAAGAACAUCCGAACAAAUUUAAAAGCUGAAGUGAAUUAGAAGUACAUAUGUUCUUCCCUGCCCAAACGUCGCAGGGAGGUUUAAGCUCUUAAAACCCUAGUCACAUAUUGCUCGAUCCUCUCUCUCGCCCUCCCAAAGCAAUCCUACAUUACACAAAUCAUCGUUGAGGGUUUAAUACUCAGACAAAAUGAGCUACGCAGCGUACAAAUUGAUGCACCCGCCCACCGGAAUCGACAACUGCGCUUCGGGAUUCAUCACGCAUUCUCCCGCCGACUUCGCUUCCCGCAUUCUCCCGGUUCCGACUGAUGAUAUCGAUCCCGUCUGGCCCUCCACUCCGACUCCAGGUGUUGGCCCUAUCCCAAACCUCAUCGUGACCGCAGCCAAUGUUCUAGAAGUAUACACCGUUAGGGUUCAAGAAGAUGGUAAUAGCACUAAUAAGGAUUCUAGCACCGUAUCUCAACCACAGCGUGGCGGCGUCAUGGCUGGUCUCUCUGGUGCUUCACUAGAACUCGUUUGUAGUUACAGGUUGCACGGCAACGUGGAAUCAGUGGGUGUGCUGUCUUCUGGAGCAGAGGAGCGAACAAGUGGUAGAAGAAGAGAUUCUAUCAUCUUAACUUUUGAAGAUGCAAAAAUCUCUAUUCUAGAAUUUGAUGAUUCAGUUUAUGGACUUCGUACAAGUUCAAUGCACUGCUUUGAGGGUCCACAGUGGGUUCAUUUGAAAAAGGGCAGAGAAUCUUUUGCCAGAGGGCCGUUCAUCAAAGUUGAUCCUCUAGGCAGGUGUGCAGGGGUACUUGUUUAUGGCCUACAAAUGAUAAUACUCAAAGCUGCUGAGGCUGGUGGUUUGGUGGGAGAUGAUGGUGGUUCUAGUGGUGGAGGCUCAGUUUCUGCACGUAUACAAUCAUCAUAUAUGAUUAGCUUACGGGAGUUGGAUGUCAAACAUGUCAAGGAUUUUAUCUUUGUUCAUGGUUACAUUGAACCUGUUUUGGUCAUCCUUCAUGAGAAAGAACUCACUUGGGCUGGGCGCCUGCCACAUAAGCAUCAUACCUGUAUGAUUUCUGCACUUAGUAUCAGUACCACUUUGAAGCAGCAUCCACUCAUAUGGUCUGCAACUAAUCUUCCACAUGAUGCAUAUAAGCUUCUUGCUGUGCCCUCUCCAAUUGGUGGAGUUCUUGUAGUUUGUGCAAAUACUAUUCAUUAUCAUAGCCAGUCAGCAUCAUGCAUAUUGGCUUUGAAUAAUUAUGCUGUUCCCAUGGAUAGCAGUCAGGAGAUGUCAAGAUCAAGUUUCAGUGUGGAGCUUGAUGCUGCAAAUGCAACUUGGAUAUCAAAUGAUGUUGCCAUGCUGUCAACAAAAUCUGGCGAACUACUUCUGUUGACACUUGUACAUGAUGGCCGUAUGGUGCAGAAACUUGACCUUUCCAAAUCUAAAGCUUCAGUGUUAACUUCGGGAAUCACUACUGUUGGAAGCUCUUUCUUCUUUUUAGGGAGUCGUUUAGGGGAUAGUUUGCUAGUGCAGUUCCAUUGUGGGGCAGGGUCCUCUAUUGUAAAGGAAGAGGUUGGUGAUAUUGAAGGCGAUGUUCCAUUAACAAAACGAUUAAGAAGAUCUUCCUCUGAUGCUUUGCAAGAUUUGGCAAAUGAUGAUGAACUUUCCUUGUAUGGGUCAGAUCUGAACAAUGCCCAGUCUGCCCAGAAAACAUUCUCGUUUACUGUAAGGGACUCAUUGAUUAAUGUUGGCCCUUUGAAAGACUUCUCUUAUGGUUCACGAAUGAAUGCUGAUUCAAAUGCUACAGGGGUUGCUAAACAAAGUAAUUAUGAACUUGUGUGCUGUUCUGGUCAUGGAAAAAACGGCUCUCUCUGUGUGCUUCAACAAUCUAUCCGUCCAGAAAUUAUCACCCAGGAAGCUAUACCAGGUUGCAAGGGGCUUUGGACUGUCUACCACAAAAAUUCACGCAAUCAACCUGAACAUUUGAAAACAGCAUCCGAGGAUGAUGAGUAUCAUGCAUAUUUAAUCAUCAGUUUGGAAAGUCGAACAAUGGUAUUGCAGACAAUUAAUAAUCUUGAAGAGGUGACUGAAAACGUGGAUUACUUUGUUCAAGGAAGUACUAUCUAUGCUGGGAAUCUUUUUGGAAGGAGGCGAGUCAUACAAGUGUACGCUCGUGGUGCUCGAAUUCUUGAUGGUGCUUUCAUGACUCAAGAACUAAACUUCCGACCUGCAAAUUCUGAAGCUGUUGCAACUUCUCCCAAUUCUUCCUCAGUGGCAUCCGUCUCCAUUGCUGAUCCGUAUGUAUUAUUGAUGAUGACAGAUGGAAGUAUUCAGCUUCUUGUUGGAGACCCCUCGACAUGCACCAUGAGUAUCAAUAGUUUGGCUGCAUUUCAAAGCUCCAAGAAAGCGAUAGCUUGCUGUACACUGUAUCACGAUAGAGGAACAGAGCCAUGGCUAAGAAAGACAAGUACAGAUGCUUGGCUUUUGACAGGUGUCAGUGAGGCAAUUGAAGGACCCGAUGGGACACCUCAGGAUCAAGGCGAUAUAUACUGUGUAGUCUGUUAUGAAAGCGGCUCACUCGAAAUAUACGAUGUCCCGAUUUUCUCUUGUGUUUUUUCGGUUGACAGCUUUGUUUCCGGAAGAAUCUUUCUUGGAGACAACGUAUCCCAGGAACCUUCCAAUGAUAGCCACAACAUCAACAUGAAGGUUGUUGAAUUGGCCAUGCACAGGUGGCCAGGGGACAACAGCCGCCCUUUUCUGUUUGGAAUCUUGGCUGAUGGGACGAUUCUUUGUUAUCAUGCUUACUUGUAUGAAGGAGGUUCCGAAAAUGCUUCUAGAAGUGAAGUGGUUUCUUCUGUUGAAACCUCUUCAUCAAACUCUUCAAGACUUAAGAAUUUGAGAUUUUCACGUGUUUCUUUGGAUACGUACACAAGAGAAGAGAUGUCAGCAGAAACCCCGUUUCCAAGAAUAACAAUGUUUAAAAAUGUUGGUGGUCACCCUGGUUUCUUCCUCUCUGGUUCAAGACCUGCAUGGUUUAUGAAAUUUAGAGAGCGGAUUCGCAUCCAUCCCCAGCUAUGUGAUGGAUCAAUUAUUGCCUUCACGGUUCUUCAUAACAUGUACUGUAACCAUGGGUUCAUCUAUGUUACCUCACAGGGUACAUUGAAGAUUUGCCAACUUCCAUCCUUGCUAUCAUAUGACAACUAUUGGCCAGUACAAAAGAUUCCUUUGAAGGCCACUCCACAUCAAGUAACAUACUUUGCCGAGAAGAACUUAUACCCGCUUAUAGUUUCUGUUCCUGUGGUAAAGCCUAUAAACCAAGUCCUAUCAUCUAUGGUUGAUCAAGAAUCUGGUCACCAAAUCGAGCAUGAUGUUUCAAAUCUUGAUGGUACUUAUACUGUAGAAGAAUUCGAGGUCAGGAUUUUGGAACCAGAAAGUUCUGGUGGGCCAUGGCAAACUAAAGGAACAAUCCGCAUGCAAAGUACUGAAAAUGCACUAACUGUGCGAGUCGUUACAUUAUCUAAUACAACAACCAGGGAAAACGUAACACUUUUGGCGAUAGGGACAGCUUAUGUGCAAGGAGAGGAUGUGGCUGCAAGAGGGCGUGUUCUUUUGUUUUCCGUUGAAAGUAGCACUGAAGUUUCACAGCCAGCGGUUACAGAGGUGUACUCCAAAGAAAUGAAAGGUUCCGAGUUGAGUGGGGUCGCUUUCUUUGAUGCUCCACCACUGUAUGUUGUCAGCUUAAACAUCGUAAAAAAUUUCAUUCUGCUGGGGGAUAUCCACAAAAGCAUAUAUUUCCUAAGUUGGAAAGAACAAGGAUCUCAACUGAGUCUACUAGCAAAAGAUUUCGGAUCCCUGGAUUGCUUGGCAACAGAGUUUCUAAUCGACGGAAGCACACUAAGUCUGAUGGUCUCGGAUGACCAAAAAAACGUACAGAUAUUCUAUUACGCCCCAAAAGUCUCCGAGAGCUGGAAAGGCCAGAAGCUUCUUUCUCGGGCAGAGUUUCAUGUCGGGGCCCACGUCACGAAAUUUCUACGCCUACAGAUGCUUCCGACCUCCAACUCCCCUCCAUCAGAUAAAACCAACCGUUAUGCACUCCUGUUUGGGACCUUGGAUGGGAGCAUCGGGUGUAUCGCGCCUCUUGAUGAGCUGACUUUUAGGAGGCUUCAGUCUCUGCAGAAAAAACUUGUGGACGCUGUUCCUCAUGUUGCUGGUUUGAAUCCCAGAUCUUUUCGCCACUUUCAUUCCAAUGGAAAGGCUCAUCGCCCUGGCCCUGAUACCAUUGUUGAUGCUGAACUCCUCUGCCAUUAUGAUAUGCUGCCUUUUCAACAUCAGCUUGAGAUUGCAAACCAGAUUGGGACAACACGUUCUCAGAUCAUUUCAAAUUUAAAUGACCUGGCUCUUGGUACUAGCUUCUUGUGAUUAUUUUUGAUUCACAGUUGAUUUGGUUGCUUAUAAGUCAACUGAUUUAGUGUAUGGAUUGCAAGUAAAUUAAUGAUGUAGUGGGUCGUGUACUUGGGUUAGAUGAGUUUGAUGAUGUAACAUAGGUAGGGCUCGUCAAAAUCAAAUUUGUAUAAUUUAACAUUGGGGUUUAAGUGAGGCUCAGUCAUCCUUGUCGCAGAUUAUUUAUAAACAAUUUUUUUAGUGAUGC